CAUUUCUAGUCUUUAAACCAUUAUGCGCACAACUCUCCUUCAUGCAUAUUUAUUUUUUUCAUUGUGAUUUCGACGUGAUUUAAAUUGAUUCUUAGUGCGCACCCCAUCCUCCACUUUUUUUUUUCCAUCCGAAAAUGUGUCAAAUACAGUAACUAACAGUAGAAACACGAUAAUCUCAAUAUGAAUUUGGCAAUCGAUAACAACGUUCAUAACUCAACAGCAGACCAAAGUACAGUCAUUGUGAAAACGCAGCGAAAACGAGCAGCGACAACGCACGACUAUGACAAUUGCCCCAUCUGCUAUACUCGACCUGGUAUGCCAUUUGUGCCUCCUUUGAAUUUUGCCAUGAUCGCAUCAGGCGUCUAUCGAUCUGGUCAUCCCAAUAAACAGAACUUUGCUUUUUUAAGAAAGUUGGGCCUGAAAACAAUACUAUAUUUCGCUAUGGAAGACUACCCUCCUGAAAUGCAACACUUUGUGGAAGUCGAAGGUAUAGAAGUAUUACACUAUCGUACAGAAGGCAAUAAGGAACCAUUUGUCGAAGUGAAUCAUGAAGAUAUAUCACAUGCUCUUGUCAAAUUGUUGGAUCGAAGAAGUCAUCCAGUACUGAUUCAUUGUUUGAAAGGAAAGCAUCGGAUAGGCUGUUUAGUAGGAUGUUUGCGAAAAAUUCAAAAAUGGUCAAUGACAUCCAUCUUUGAUGAAUAUAGACGAUUUACAGGAACCAAAGUACUGGCUGAUCAAGAGUUUAUAGAGACGUUUGAUCAUGAAAAAGUACCAUAUGAUCGAAACUAUCGACCUAAUUGGCUGUAGCGUGGACACUUUCCGUAGGUUACCAUUCUCUGUCAAGACACCACCCUAUGAUAAGCUAUAUCUUAAAAAGUCGAUGAUGCAGUAAAGUAUCGGCAAUACAUAGCAAUAAUUCAAAUUGUACAUAAUAUUGAUACCGUCUUGGCAUGAUCUUGAUACAUUACUCUUCGUUGCAUAAUAUUACAAUAAACACGCAUUGUUGGUUCAGACAUGUCGACAUAUGAUCUAUUCUGUCAUUUGCAGUGGUCGAUGAUAGACAAGUACAGUUGAAA